UAGGACAUGGUCUCCUUCCCUGCGGUGGCUGUGAUCUUCUCCCCGGAGGAAUGGCUGUGCCUGGAUGCCUCUCAGCGGAAGCUCUACAGAGACGUGAUGCUGGAGACUUAUGGGCACCUGCGGGCAGUAGGGUAUUGCAAGGUGAAACCUGUGCUGAUCUCCUGGUUGGAAGAUGGAAUCCUGGAGAGGCUGCCAAGAGACAUGUUUGCAGGUGAGUGUGGGAUGAUGCUCCUGGAAUCAAGUCCUGGAUUGGGAGUUGAAUAUUGUGGGCCUGUGUGAAAUGGGGUCC